AUGAUUAAUCUGAGAAUUUUUUCUUGUGGUGGAAUAAUUAAAGAAAAUAAUAAAAGAAUUUUAAUAAAAACCAAUUUGAACUAUUUUAGUACAUUAAAAAAUCAUGAAAAAUAUUAUCGUAAAUUUAUAUGUCCGUCUAACAAAAUUUGUAUAGGACCUAAGAAAACUUUUUUUAACCUAAAUGUAAAUCAUAUCAAUGCCACAUGUAAAAUUAUAGAUAACUGUACCAUAUAUAAUAAAAAAAAAAUUCUGCAAAAAUGUGUAAAUUUUAAUUCUCUUUCCAAUAAUGAACAUAGUGAUACAAAUUUAUUUUCUAAUUUAAAAGGAAAAGAAGAAAUGAAAAAAAACAAUGUAGAUGACAAUGGUAACAAUAAUAUGAAUAUAGAAAAAAAAAAAAUGAAUUAUGAUAUUAAAUAUUUAAAAAAAAAUGAGAAUAUUCCUUACGAUAAAAAUGGAAAAUCUAAAAGAAAUAAACUUUUUAAAAGAAAUUAUUUAAAAAAUAUGCAUUCUUUGUUAUUGACAAAAAAAAUUAAAGAAUCCUUAAAUGGUUUGAAAAGUAGGCAUAGUUAUAAAAUAUUAAUGAAAAGAAUAAAAAUAGAAAAAAAUAAGAUAAAUUCUAUUUUAAUAAAAUAUCAAAUAAAAAAAGGAAACCUAAAAAUUAAUUUCAAUGAACAUAUAUAUAGAAAAGCAAUAAUUAACACAAAAACUAAAAUUUUCACCUUCUUAAAAAGAAAUAAUAAUAAAUCAUUAAUGGAUAUAUAUUACGAAGAAAAAAAAAAAUAUAAAUUAAGAAAACAAAAAUUAUUUGAAUUACAAGAGAAGUUUAUCAAAAAUUCUAAAAUAGCCCAAUCAAGUAUUAAAAAAUUUUUUAAAAAAUACGGCUAUGUUGGCCUAACAACUUACUUUAUUAUAUUUUUAAUAACUUUUUGUUGUUCUUAUUUUUGUGUCCAUUAUAAAUAUAUAUCUUUAUCUGAUUUAAAAUAUGUGUCAGAAAAAAUACAUUUAAACAAAUAUAUUGAUGAAGAUUUACAUAAAAAAAUAGAUUCGUUGUGGGGAGAAUUAUUAUUUGCAUAUAUAGCUUCAAAAAUAUCAGAACCUUUAAGAAUAGUUAUUACAAUUUUAAUUACCCCAUAUAUUGCAAAAGUUAUCAGAUUAAAAAAAAAAAGUAGAAUACUUUAA